CCUAAAACCACACAAAUUCCACACGCUUUCGCCAACCCACCGCAACAUCUGUGGUCAUUUCGUACCAUCCAAAUUCAUCUCUGCUCUCCAAUCCAUGAAGUUGCAGGCUCCGGGUGGCCUGCGAGGAAGGUGAAGAGAGAGCGAGAGAGAUGGAGGUGCAGUUACCGGAUGACUUCCGGUGCCCAAUUUCCCUGGAGGUGAUGACGGAUCCGGUGAUUUUGUCCUCCGGCCACACCUUCGAUCGCGCUUCCAUCCAGCGUUGGCUCGACGUCGGUAACCGUACCUGCCCGGUCACUAAACUACCCCUCCCUCCCUCCCCUUCCCUCACCCCCAACUACGCCCUUCGGAGCCUCAUCUCUUCCUACCUCGCUCGCCGACCCUCCGCCGCCUCCUCGUCCGAUGGCCACCUCGACUCACUUCUUCUCGCUCGCUUCUCCUUCCCCUCCGACGCGCCUACUCUCUCCGCCGUCCUGCGCCUCGCGCAGCGAGGCGGCGCCGCCUCGCGCCGGCUCGUAGCCGACUCCGGCGCCAUCUCCGUCCUCAUCCGCCACGCCGACGUCGCCGACCGCUCCGACCUCCAGCACCUGGCCCUCCGCGCCCUCCUCCACAUCUCGCUCGACGGGGACCACGCCCGCCUCGGCCUCCUCGCCGAGGGCGCCCUCGACCCCGUCGUCUCGGCCCUCCGCGGCGACCCUGCCGCGGCUCUCGCCGCCACCCUCCUCACCAGCCUCUCGAUCAUCGACGUCAACAAGGCCACGAUCGGAGCACACCCUGCCUCGAUCCCCCGCCUAGCGGCGCUGCUCAGCGACGGUGACGAGCGGCAGCGGAGGGAAGCCGCCACGGCUCUAUACGAGCUGUGUAAGUUCGCCGAGAACCGGAGACGGGCUGUGCGAGCCGGUGCCGUGGCGCCUCUCGUCCGCUUCGCCGGGGAAGGAUCGGAGAGGGCCGUGCGUGUCUUGGGUCUCCUCGCUAAAUGCCGAGAGGGGAAGGAUGAGAUGAGGAAAAAGGCUGGAUUCGUUAGGGUUUUAGCCGACGUCGUCAGAACAGGGAGCCCACGGGGCGUGGAGCACGCCCUCGUCGUGCUCAACUUGGUGUGCUCCGAUAGCCAAGAGAUGGCUUUCGAAGCCAUCAAAGUAGGUGUUUUGGACCUCUGCUCUGUUUUGACCACUGACAUGAAUCAAAAGAUUGGGAAGAAUGCCAUGGAAUUAGCUCUCAGACUCGGAAUUUUCUCCUCUCCCUGCACAAUAACGAAAAUAGGGCAGUGAAGCUACUUGAUGGGUUGCUUUACUUGAUACCUCAAGUGAAAACACUUCUGUAAAGAUUUAUCUAAGAUGUUAUAUGGAUGGAUUGUACCAGUUACGGCUGGUGAUUUGCUAGCAUACAAAUAUGCAUGUGCAUUGUUGCCUUCAAAUGCAUGAAAUUUAACUGGAGAUCUGAAAUUGGAAUCAAUAAUGCAUCCUCUGAUGAUCUUGUUGAAGCUGGGAAUAGCAAAUAGAACCUGUAGAAGCUGAAUGCUGAACAAAAAUAUACAGGGAAUGGACCACUCUGAAGUGUAGGGUUAAUGGUGAUUCCUGAGGCAAGGAAUAGAUAAAUGAUAAAGUAGGAAGGAGUAAUUUAAUGAAAGGGACAUGACUGAGCUAUGUUGGAUCAUACUUGAUUCUUUAAGGUAAAUGAUUGCUGGUUUUUUCAUG